UCUCAGUACGCGCGAUCAAGUGUAGUAGAGAUAUUUCAAAAAUGCCACCCCAAAGAAAGGAUGAGAAUGCUGUGGAGACGGAGGUUCCAAUUCCGGCCUGGGUGAAACCAGAGGCCUUCGAGGACCUGCUCAAGGAUAAUGUCAAGGAUUAUAAGAAGACGACGGCUCUGAGGGCCAAGGCGGGAGUUGCUGCUGGCGAAAACUAUGCCACCAUAAUGCUGAGACUGGAACUGGAUGUGGAAACGAAGGAUAAAUCGCAAGUGACCAAAGUAUUUAUGCUGAAAACUCCCCACGACACUGAGGCAUAUCGCAAGCUUCUUGAGGAAAACAACAUCUUCGAUGUGGAGCGCGGCAUGUAUGUGGAAGUGGUGCCCGAGCUGGAGCAGAUGUACCGAGAUGUGGGCUUGGAGGUCAAGUUUGGGGCUGUGGCCUACGAAAUCAAGGUUAGCGAGAACUAUGUUCUGUUGGAGGACCUGAGGCCACGUGGAUUCAGAAAUGUAGAUCGCCGGCAGGGCUUAGAUCAGGUCCACACUGAAAGUGUCCUGAAGAAGUUCGCCCAAUGGCAUGCGGCCUCCGCAGUUCGCGUGGAUCUCAAAGGACCUUACGACGUCAAGUAUACUCCUGGUUUCUUUGACUCGGAACAAAUCAGGAAUUUCUUCUGUGAUCGCAGCGCUAACGUUUUGCUGAAACAUAUUGAUCAGUAUGAGGGACAUGCAAAUUACGUAGAGGAUUUGCAAUGCGUUUCGAAGAAGUUAUUUGAUGUAUAUAAUGACUUAAAAGAAGCCAAAUCCGACGACUUCAAUGCCCUCAACCACGGCGAUGGUUGGUCCAACAACAUUAUGUUCCAGUACAACGACAAAAACGAGAUAACAAAUACCUAUUUUGUCGAUCUUCAAUUGCCAAAAUGGGGAUCAGUUGCACAGGACCUGUAUUAUUUCUUGCUCUCCUCAACUAAGCUGGACAUUAAAACGGCGAAAUUCGACUAUUUCAUCUGGUUCUACCACUCAGAGUUGGUAAAGCACCUGAAACUUUUGAAUUACUCCAAGAAACUGCCAACUUUAAGGAGCCUUCGCAAUGAGCUUAACAAGUACAGUGGAUGGGCCUUCAUAUGCUCUGUUUCCGUGAUGGGAGUUGUGCUGCUGGACCCUACAGAUAAUUCUGAUUUUGAUAAAAUCCUUUCCAGUGAGCAUCCCAGCUUUAUGAAUUCCAUCUACACCAAUCCCAGAUACCGCAGACAUGCGGAAGUUGUAUUGCCUUGGCUGCAGCACCGAGGGGCCAUGGAGUAAAGUAUCUAAAACAAUCUGUGCUCUAAUUUUUAAUUGAAAAUAAAUUAUAUGACUCUUG